AUGUCUGCACCACGAAAGAAAUUGUCUGGUGCUGCUUUUCGAAAGAAAAGAAGGCUCCAAGAAGAAGACACUUCUAAGAUGGCUGGAUCAUUAAAUAGGUUCUUUAAACCUGAUCCAGUAUUGAAAGCUGUAAGCGAGACUAAAGAGAAUCGUGAAGCUGUAGAUGUCGAACCGCACCCUUCUACUUCAACUACUACUGUGAGCGGACAUUCUUUGGGCAUAGAAAGUGAUACAAACACCGAGGAAGAGAAUUCACCGAAAUCAUCAUCAUCAUCAUCAUCAGAAGAUGAAAAUGCAAAAAGCACGCUGGCAGACCUCUUUGAUCCAGCUGACUGGCCUGAAAUGCUUACUAGCUCUCUAAAAGAAACCAUCGUUCUGAAAGGUCCGGCAAAGCCAAAAGAGCACUUUGCAUUUCCUAAAGAUGCAUCCAAGAGACGGUUUACAUCAACCCACUAUAGACGGCGCUUGGAAAUGGUGAAGUGCAUGUUAGAAAGUGGCUUAGUUAUUCUCCUAGACUGGACAAAAUAUUUUGCUUUUGUUGUAAACUCUUUACAACUACGAAAAUGA